AUGGCUUCGCUCAAGCAGGAGCACCACUAUGGGCUCUCCUGUGGAAAAAACAACAAAAACAGCCCCAACAGGACGCUGUACCAUGUCAAGCUCACGGACACGGCUAUCAGAGCGCUGGAGGCUUACCAAAACAUCAAGGGAUCUUUACCAAGUGAACCAUCGAUUUGUUUCAAAGGAAACCAAGGGUACAUCAAAAUCCCUGCUCCAACAUCAGAGUCACCAACUGCUCUUCGCAUCUUCUCCUUCUACUUAUCCAGUGACAGCAAAGACCAGCCUCAAGCCAGCUUUGACUGCAUCCAUCAAUAUGUUUCAAGUGAGGGCCACGAGCAGCUGGAAGGUCAAGGUAUCAUCCAGGACAAGAUCACAGUGUGUGCCACCGACGACUCCUAUCAGAUGACCCGUGAGAGGAUGUCUCAGGUGGAGAAGGACAGCUGGAGCCGCUCUGCCAUUGAGAUCAAACCUGGAGCUACACAUCCAAAUAAAUGCGUCCAAAAGUUCCAAAAGAGGCCAGCACCUGUGUCUGCAUCAGACAGCAGCUUCUACAAGCAUUCUUCCAACAACCGGAGGAACGGCAGUAUGGCCAUGCCGACUCAGAAGCCCCUGAGAGAGCGCAUCAUCCACCUACUGGCUCUCAAACCCUACAGGAAACCAGAGCUGCUGCUGUGGUUGGAAAGAGAAAGAGUUAGCCCCAAAGACAAGGCCGAGCUGGGUGCCAUACUGGAUGAGGUGGCAAAAGUGAAUCCCAAAGACAGCAGCUACCUGCUGAGGGAUGACUUCUACAAGCACGUGCGAAGGGAUUGGCCAGGCUACAGCGAGGAGGAGAGGCAGCUCAUCAGCAGGCUGCUAGUCAGAAAGUUGCAGCCACACAUCAGCAACCAAUCAAGGAAUCCUCAAGCAAAUUCAUCGAUAUUGAAGACCUCAGAGGAUACAACACUACAUCACAGCGCAGCCAAGAACCCUGUUGUAAAACGUCCUGUGCCUUUUGACUCGCUGGAAAGCAUAGCUGUUAAGAGACAAAGACUAGAUGAGCAGAGACUGCAACAGCAGCCCGCUGUAAACGGACUCUUAAACAAUAAAGGAGGUCACGACAAUUCAACACCUACCCUCAACCCCAGUUUCCACACAAAGACUGAGUUUCAAAGGACAAGUAACCACACAGGGAACCAAAAUGGUUUACCAAGGGGCCAUAAUGACUUUCCUCUAAUGCACAAACUGUCUAGCACAUCUGACAUGCCUGUGUCAGAGACCAGGGAGCAAGAACCCAAAGUAAGCAACCACCAGCCACCGCAGGGUGAGUCUGACUGCGUUCACCAGCAGCUCACCAACAGCCAGCACAGAAAGAAGAAGUCUAAAAAGCACAAAGACAAGGAGCGGGAGAGAUUAAAAGACAACCAGGGCAGUGAAUGGCUAGAGACGAGUCCUGAUCUCAAGCAGAACGUGGACAAACUUGACAAUCCUGACAUCACAAAUGAUGUGGCCUCUGAGGGGAAGCCAGAUUAUGUGCUCGCGUAUGACACCAUCACAAGUUUGGAGCAACGUCAGAGGUACCAGGAUGAUUUCUGCGCAGAGUACGAUGAGUACAAAGACCUCCACUCCAGGAUCGCCACCAUAACUCACAUGUUUGUUCAGCUAGGAUCCAAGAUCAAGAGCCUGUCCCCUGGCACUAAAGAAUACAAGAUAAUGGAAGACCAAAUAUUAGAAAAGUACAAGAAGUAUCGAAAGAAGUUUCCAGGUUAUCGGGAAGAGAAGAAACACUGCGAAUAUCUCCACGAGAAACUGUCCUACAUCAAACAGCUCAUCACAGACUAUGAUGUCUCUCAGGCUUCUUCGUAG